GGCUAGUGUGCUGUGGGUGGUGGCGGGAGCGAUCUGGGCCAGGCCGCGUGGUGAGCGCGGGGUAGUGUUGGGCGCCGCCACAGGGAGCCGCAGUGCUGGCCCGGGCAUCGGGGCGCAGUGGGGAGCCGGUGCGUCCCCGGGUCGCACAGGUGCGGCCGCCGCCCCUGUGGUCAUGAGGCCAGUCUCCUAGGACGCGGUGUUGGUAGCAGAGACAAGAACUAAACAGUCCAAACAGGGAAGCACUCAUAUUUCAAAGUUUCUAAGAAGAGGUAGAAAAUAGUUAAUAUGGAAUCAAAAGCUUGUGAAUCAAAUAGUGAAGAUCUUUUAUCAAGUGGCAUCACAGCCAAUGGAGGUUCUUCAAACCCAUUUUUUUUGUCAUCUAUUCGUGGUACAAUAAUUGAAAACACAUCUUCAGCUGGGACUUUGACGCAAAUUCCUUUUUUCCCUAAAUAUGAAGUAGAACUUGAUUCUCAUAGAAAAGUCAUCCCUUACCCUGGAAAAGAGCACAUAGAAUGUGUUUUGGAGAAAUACUCACAUCAGGUCAAAGAUUUACAGAGAAGACUAAAUGAAAGCGAUGAAUUACAUGAGAAACAAAAGUUUUACUUAAGGCAGUCAGUCAUUGAUUUGCAAACAAAGCUUCAAGAAAUGCAAAUGGAGAGAGAUGCCAUGGCUGACAUCAGACGAAGGGAGAAUCAAUUCCAGGAGGAUUUAAGAAAUCAACUUCAAAAUACAGUUCAUGAACUUGAAGCCGCCAAAAGCCUUAAGGAGGGCAUGUUAAAAGACAGCAGCACACAGAUAGAGCAGCUAAGAAAAAUGAUGAUUAGUUAUGAAGGAGUGCUUCAAGAAAUCCGAUCAAUCUUAGUUGACUUUGAAGAAGCCUCAGGCAAGAAAAUCUGUGAACAGGACAACAUGUCUACUAUGCACUUCCGCAGCCUGGGCUCAACUAUUAGUAAAAUCCUAAGAGAAUUAGACACAGAAAUUUCUUAUCUUAAAGGGAGGAUAUUUCCAGUAGAGGAUCAGCUUGAAACACUGAAAUCUGAAUCACAGAACAAAAUAGAACUAUUACUUCAACAACAUCAAGAUAGGAUUGAGCAGUUGAUAAGUGAACAUGAAGUUGAAACAACAGGACUCACUGAGAAAGCCAAUAGUGCUCGAAGCCAAGCCAAUAGCAUCCAGAGUCAAUUGGAAAUCAUUCAAGAACAAGCAAGAAACCAAAACUCAAUGUAUAUGCGUCAGCUCAGUGACUUGGAAUCUACCGUCUCUCAGCUGCGUUCGGAAUUGAGGGAGGCCAAACGAAUGUAUGAAGAUAAGAUAGAAGAGCUGGAGAAGCAGUUAGUCCUUGCCAAUUCAGAGCUCACGGAGGCAUGCACAGAACGGGAUCAGUUCAGUCAGGAAUCUGGAAGUUUGGAUGAUCAACUUCAAAAGCUGUUGGCAGAUCUACACAAAAGGGAGAAAGAACUGAGCCUGGAGAAGGAGCAGAAUAAGCGUCUAUGGGACCGAGAUACAGGCAACAGCAUCACCAUCGACCACCUGCGGCGGGAGCUAGAUGACAGGAAUAUGGAGGUGCAGCGGCUAGAGGCCCUCCUCAAGGCCAUGAAGAGCGAGUGUCAAGGCCAGAUGGAACGGCAGAUGGCAGCAAUUCAGGGAAAGAACGAGAGCCUGGAGAAAGUGUCUUCCCUGACUGCACAGCUUGAAUCCACCAAGGAGAUGCUGCACAAGGUGUUGGAAGAGUUAACGGCCAAGAAGAUGAUGCUUGAGAGCUCAGAGAGGACGGUGUCUGACCUGACAGCUUCCCUCCAGGAAAAGGAGGGAGCUAUUGAGGCCACCAAUGCAGAGAUCACCAAACUCCGCUCCCGGGUAGACUUGAAGUUGCAGGAGCUGCAGCACCUGAAGAAUGAAGGGGAUCACCUCAGAAAUGUGCAAAUGGAAUGUGAGGCGCUCAAGCUCCAGGUGGCAGAAAAAGACAAAGUGAUUGAGAUUUUGCGCCAGCAGAUUGAAAACAUGACGCAGCUGGUUGGCCAGCAUGGACGAACGGCCGGUGCUCUGCAAGCAGAAAAGGCGCAACUGGAGAAGGAGAUUCAUGAUCGCAAACUGGAAUUGCAGGAAUUUAAGAUUCUGAAAGAUAAAAAAGAUGCAAAGAUUCGGGAACUUGAAGCCAGAGUGAGUGACCUAGAACUGGAAAAGGUGAAGCUGGUGAAUGCAGGCUCUGAGUGGCUCCGUGCAAUGAAGGAUAUCAAACAAGAGAGAGAUCAGUUGUUAAAUGAGGUGAAGAGUAAUAGGAAUGAAUUAAAUAAUCUUUCAGAGGACUAUGAAGUCUUAAAAAGGAAUUUUCAAAACAAAAGUGAAGAAAUGGAAACUACUACAAAUAAACUGAAAAUGCAAUUAAAAUCUGCACAGUCUGAACUGGAGCAAACCAGGAAUACACUAAAGACCAUGGAAGGAUCUGAUGGCCAUGCUAUGAAGGUGGCAAUGGGGAUGCAAAAGCAAAUCUCAGCCAAAAGAGGUCAGAUAGAUGCCUUGCAGAGCAAGAUCCAGUUUUUGGAAGAGGCUAUGACAAAUGCAAACAAGGAGAAACAUUUUCUGAAAGAAGAAAAGAGUAAACUGAGCCAGGAAUUGAGUACUGUCACAACAGAAAAAAACAAGAUGGCUGGGGAACUGGGAGUGUUGCGAUCUCAGGAGCGCUGCUUGAAAGAAAGGGUUGCCAGUAUGGAAGCUGCUCUUGAUAAGGCAUCUUUGCAGUUUGCAGAAUGUCAAGAUAUAAUACAGCGCCAGGAACAAGAAUCUGUGAGCCUAAAGCUCCAACACACUUUGGAUGUAAAAGAACUUCAGGGCCCCGGAUACACCUCCAAUUCUUCAAUGAAGCCACACCUUCUCCAGCCAGCAUCUGUAACUCAUUCUCAUUCUAAUGUACCAUCUUCCCAGUCUACAGCCAGUUUCCUGUCUCAUCACUCUAUGAAAACCAACACUUUGAAGGAAGACACAACAACGGACUUGAAACAGCUUCUCCAAAAGUUGCGAAGUGUGAUCAACGAGGAGCCUGACAUGCCUCUGAGCAAGACCAACGAGAAUGGGAGGACACAGUCCCCCACAGUCUUAGAUGAUAGAGUAAGAGACUGCAUUAUUGAAUCAAGCCUGAGAGCAGACCUCUGCCACAGAGAACCAGUCACAUUGCAUCCAGGAGACCUGGAAGAUCCAUGUAGUUGCUUCACCUUCCCAUCUGCAGUAAGUCCAUCUAUGAAAAAUUCAUCUUCUCGGUCAUUCAAUUCUCCUAAGUCCCCAGUGCACUCACUCCUGACUAGUUCUACUGAAGAAUCAGUAGGCUCCACAUCACAGGACAGAUCUACCGAACCUACUCAUUCACCUGACGCUGCAAAAGAUUCACAGUCUCCGUCACUAGAAACAACAGGAAAAACAUGCCAAAAACUUCAGAACAGACUGGAAAGCUUGCAAACCCUGGUAGAAGAUUUACAGCUGAAGAACCAAGCAAUGUCUUCAAUGAUCAGAAACCAAGAAAAGAGGAUUCAGAAAGUGAAAGAUCAGGAAAAAAUGUUAUUAAAAUGAUACGUUGCUUGCCCAUUCUCUACAGAGGGAUGGUGCCCGAUUUACUGUCCUUUUACUUAUAAUUAGUGCCCUGUGGACUUUUUUCUUUUUAUGUGAAAAUUAAUAAAAGAUACCCUGUCCUUUAAACUCUUUUUUUUGCAAUAAAGUUCUUGAAUGCUCAAACUUCAAACACAACCAACUAGAUUUGAAAGUAUUCACACAUUAUAAUGUACUAAUUUAUGAUAAUUUUAGCAUGUUGGAAUAUUGUGUUUUUAAUUAUUUUUACUGGUUCUGAAAUACUAGAGUCACCUUUUUCAGCCUAAAAACAUCCUGAGGAAUAAAAGAAAUGCCUUCACAGUGUAAAGUGGUGUGGCGCCAAGAGCAGAAAGACAAACCCCAGCUGCAGGCGUCCUUUGGUGACCCGAACUCACUGUUUGUUCUGUCAACAUCAGUAAGAGUAAUCAACAAAACUUUGGUGCCCUGGAUCAAAACUUUUAGAAAUUUCUUUUCUUGCAUAGAACUAAAGAAAGAAAAUAUUGUUACUUUUUAACAAGUAAGUAGGUACCUGCUGUAUUAAAUUCAGUAUGCCUUAAUUAGAUUUUAAUAAACUUGGGGGAUAUUUGUAUGUAAAAUAAAUAUAAUGAGACAAAGACACAAAAACGAUUCACUUAUGUCAAAACAUCAGGGACAAUGUGGCAGAGGCUAACUGUCCAAACACUAUGUCCUCUCACUCCCAAGCAGAGUUGUCACCAAGAUGCAGCAGCCUAGCAGGUUUCUCAGUCCCAUGCCCCUCGCUUCCAGAGGCAGUCACCUGAGCAGGUCUAGUGGGAUGUGAACAGAGCACUUCCUGCAGGUCCAAAGUGUUUGUGGUUUUCCUCAAGUUAUUUCCCUCCCAUGGGCUGGAUACAGAUAGGGACGGUCCUCAGGGUGGUGGUACCACAGAGCAGAAGGGAGCCUAAGGGACUCUACGAGGAGGAGAGCUGCUGCCAGGAAGACCCAUUGCUGACUGAUGCAAGGGCAAGCAGUCUGUCUGGGGCUGCCUUCUUGCAUGGAUGACCCCAUUAGAGCACUAGCAGGAGCCCUGACCCAGCUAUAGUCAGUGGAGUGGGAGGGUGUACUUGCUAAGCGGCACCUUGGUGCUGCGCUCAGUGACAGCAAUCUAAGCAUAUCCAAUUCAAAUGGUGAUUAAAAUUAUAAAUAUAUAUGCACCUAUACAUUUAUAGCUUAAUCUUUUUCUUUAGUUGGUUAAUUUGUUUCAUCAGGUAACUAAUAAGUGGCUAGCAGUAGCAUUCUAGGGAUAUUUUUAUUUAAACUGUUUUACUCCAUAGGGAGGCUUGGGCAUUCUGUGAAGUAAUGGUCAAUGCCUUCUGCAGACCUCAUUAUGACGUAUAUAGGCAGAAUAUAUGAAUUUAACCAAGAAGUGCUGUAAACCCAAAGAUGCUGAACAGUUCUGCUAAGCACUUUGCACUACAGCUUUCACUUGGAUUCAUGUUCUUGUCAGCCAAGGUCAUCUUAGCCAGAAUUGAUUAGGUUUUAUCAGUGGAUAAUAUACUUACUAAAGGCUAUUUUAACAUAUAAGAAUUCAUUUUGUCCCAGUCUUGGGAGAUUGAGGCAGGAGAAUCAAGAAUUCUAGGUCAUCUUUAGCUAUAUAGUAAUUCAAGGUCAGCUACUCUGUUUCAAAACAAUGACCACCACCACCAACGGUUGAGAUGUGGCUCAGUUAGUAGAGUGACUGCCUAGCACUGCAUGAAACUGGGUAUAGUGGCACAUGCCUGUAAUCCCAGUACGUGAGAUGGGAGGUAGGAUGAUCAGAAAUUUAAGGGUAUCCUUGGAUAUAUAGUGAGUUUGAGGUGCACCUGGGCUGUAAGAGACCCUAUCUGAAAAACUGAUUUUAAAACGCAAACAUACUAGAUUCUCUUCCAAGGAAAGGUAACGUUUUAAAAGAAAUAUUCAAAAUUUUCUCCAAAGGGAAGAGAAAAACUCUUCUUAUGUUGUCUUCUGUAACUUUUGAUAUUUGCUUUCCUAUAUAGGAAAUACUAUACAAAGUAUUUUUAUAUCUAGGUUAUGGUAUCAAGAUUGAGACAAUUCAGACAUUUAAUGAAGAUAUUAAAACUCAGGUUUUAUUAUUCAGUUAUGACUUUUAAGUGUUUAUCUCAGAGCAAAGAUACACUUCUGCAUCACAGGCCUACAUAGAUUUGUCACCCACAAAUAGCUACUGGUAGGAAAAGAGAGGGGAGAGGAUUUUCAGAUGGAAAAGGCUGUUAUGGGACAGUCCCUCUGUUAAUAUCUGGUGGGAGUGGGGUGGGACAGUGAGCAGAGAGGGUCCUAUGUCCUCUAAGGGCUCUGUGGGUAAAGGAUGGGUGCAUCCCUUAGCAGAGCUAGACUGGACUUGGAAUUCCUAGCCCUCAGAGCAGUAUCCCUUAGACUACCUCACCAGCCCACACCCCAGCCCCACUCAGACUCCCUUUCCUUAGGGGCUGCUGGCUUGAUGACCAACUCCAAUUAAGCCCAUUGUUUCCACACCAGCCUUAAGCCAUUAAGACCGAGAGCCUUGCUAACUAAUAUCCUAUCUAUACUCAGCAAUUAAAAUCUAACAAAAACUAAUGGGCGUCUUAGAACUUCACCUCAAUCCUUACUGGUCACAUCUAGUGGCCAGAUAUUUUCCAGUCACAGUUCCACACGGUGUUAUUUUAAAACGUAAACAGUAUCGCUUUAACUUUUUAAUGAAGUUUAUUUUACUCCCUCAAUCUAAGGAGCUCCUAAGGGCUCUUACCUUGUACUUGUGCGACUGGUUAGUUUCUCUACUCCUCGCCCAAAGUCCAAAUAACUACCCAAGAAGUUCAAUCCCUGCAGUAACACAGUAUCAGCACAAAUCAGUCAGUGCCACAAGGGAAAGAAUUCCUUUCUUCCCAGAAGCAUUAUCUGCAUACGCACAUUCCU